CCAAUCACAGCUGAUCACAUAGGAGAGCCUUUAAUCGGCUUUACUCAGAGGGGACAUGUGCACUGAUCAUCAGGGCUCCAGCAUUGCCCCCUGUCAGUGUCCGUCAGUGCCAGCUGUCAGUGCUCAUCAAUGCCACCUGCCAGUGUCCAUCAGUGCACAUCAAUGCCACAUAUCAGUGCCCAUCUGAGCUGUCUUUCAGCUUUACCUAUCAGUGCCAGUCAGUGUCACCUAUCAGUGCCAGUCAGUGCUGCCUAUCAGUGCCCGUCAGUGCUGCCUAUC